UAAUUAUCAUCAAUGAACGGUCACACCCAGAUACACAUUCAUGAAAAAUACAUCGCAGUUGUUACGUGAAAGUUUUCAAACGCUAAUUUUUAUUGUUUCUAAGUGCUUUCAAGGAAGAUUUACUUCACAAAAGUGUCUUGAAGUGAUUGAACCAAUGUAUUAGCACAAAAAGCGAAAACCAACAACUGCGUACUUCACCAAACCAAAUACCUUGACCAGAACCGCAUCCUGGAUCAAGGAGGUAACCCACGGGAUACUGACAGUGAAAUGGAGCAACUGUUUCAGAGCUACCGUGAUGAUGAGCGCCGCAUCGGCGAGGAGUACCUGUCCAGCCUGCAGGACCUCAACUGCAACAGCAAGCCGCUCAUCAAUAUGCUCACAAUGCUCGCCGAUGAGAACAUCAACUAUGCCCAUGUCAUAGUGAAAGUGGUGGAAUAUUAUAUCAGCCAGGUGGCGCCCGAAUUUAAAUUGCCCAUACUAUAUUUAAUUGAUUCGAUAGUAAAGAAUGUGAAAAGCAGCUACGUCCAGUUAUUUGGGCAAUGCAUAGUCAAAAUAUUCCUGCACGCCUUUGAGUCGGUGCAACACUCUCAGUCCCAGGUUCUCGAAAAGGUGCGCGAAAGAAUGUAUGCCCUGCGCCAGACCUGGAACGAGGUCUUUCCUCCAUCUAAAAUGUACGCCCUGGACGUUCAGGUGAAGCGUAUGGAUGGUAACUGGCCCAUUACCGCCAAGCAGCCAACCACCGGCAAGAUCCACGUCAAUCCGGCGAUUCAUGUAAAUCCAGACUUUCUUAAAACGGGAAUGGUUCCUGUAAUGCCUGUUAACUCUACACUGCCCAGCGACAUGGAGGAAAUUCUCCAGGCCAAGACUAGGGAGCUGCUUGAGCUCAAGAAGCGCAAACUCGAGCUCGAACUGGAGCAAACUAAGAAGCAUUUGGAGGAGCAGGAGCGACAGCUCAACCAGGCCACGGACGCUAUGUCUGCGGUGCCUACGGCUAUGCCAGCUCCAAACUCUUCAGGUGCCGUGCGGCCAACCAUAAUAGACCCAUCCAUGAUGGGGGCGAUACGUCAGCCACGACCCCCAGCACCAGCCGGUAAUGCUGCGGCCAUGCCAGUGGGCCAAUCGCAGUUUGCAAUCAAGCCGAAGGUUAAUCCUGUCAAUCCGGCGUUACUGAACUCUGUGCGGCAGCGCGAUCCCCGUCUUGCCCGGCAGAUGCAAUCACAAGCACCGCCACCGACUUCGACUCGAAGUGAUCCUCGCCUCGAGGGCAAGUCGAACUCGGCCAGCUCGCAAAAAUCUAGUCGAUCGCGCAGCAAAUCGCCUGUGCGUAACAGCAGCAGUCGCUCAGGAAAGAGCAGCAGCUCGCACCACAGCAGCUCCUCCAGCCGCAAGCGCAGCGAGUCGAAGAGCUCCACGGCCUCCUCGUCAUCGUCAGGAUCUGAAGUACGACCCAAGGGCGGCAGUGGGACCGGCAGCUCUCAGUCUCCGGGUAAACGGUCUAGCAAGCAGUCGUCCAAGGAGCACGGGGAGCGUUACGCUCGCAACGGUUCACCAACGGGAUCAUCGAAGAGAAAGAGCUCCUCGCCAAGCAGCUCGCCAUCGAAGCCCAAACGCAGCUCGUCAAGCAAAUCCUCUUCCUCAAGAGGGAAGUCAUCGUCGGUUCGAUCACGCAGUCGUUCUCCGGUAUUCAUGGACCUGGGUUUGCACAGCAAGUCCCCAGAGAGAAAGGCGGCAGCACCUACAUCUUUUCCUCAAACGGUCAGCUUACCGUCAUCAUCAGCAACAGCUGCUAAAGCUCCAAAUGAUUUAGAGAAACGCCCUCCUCCAGCUCCUUCAUGUCCGCCAAUUAUAGAUGUAUCGAGUAAGGACAUUGACUUGAGGCGUCCAAAGACGCCGCCUCCCCCGACAUUCGACUCACCGGAAUCGCUCGACCAGAUGCCAUGUAGCAGCAACAGCGGCACAACAAUACUUGCUAGCGGCGUCUCCAACGCCUCCUUUUCAUCGUCCGACGCAUCCACUUCUAAAUUACCCGCAAAAGUGUCGUUCAAAAUACAAAAACAGUUUAAUAAAUUAGAAAAAUCUACAGCGAAUCUAUCAACAGCAUCACUGCUAAAUGUCGCCUCAGCAGCAGCUCCAACCAACGCAAGUCUAGUCAGACCAUCAUCGUCCAGCCUCUUGGCCUCAUCAGUUGCCUCGCAGGGUAAUGUAUCUGAGGCUCUGCAGCAGUCGAUCUCCAAGCUACUGAAGGUCCAGGGCGUUACUGGGGUCGGUGAAAAGCGGCCGGCCGAUCCUUUGCAUCCGGAAGUUGAUCUUGAGGAGAAACCCCCGCAACAGAAACGCAGCAAGUCAGCCAAACUGGACGCUCUAUUUGGAAGCGAGGAUGUGGAUUUGCGUCGCGAGAUGCCUGUAGGAAAGCCAAGUCCCUCAGGAGUUAUCGUGGUGGAGGACGACUCCAUGGAUAACUGCGAUCACAUAACCAAAGCCGGUCUGCCUUCAAAGCAGCCAACCCUUCAGGAAAUUCGCGCCAAGUUGGCCAAAUCAGCUCGUCUUGAAAACAAGACAAGCAAGUCCGACAAGGGUAGAGAUCAAGCCGUUAUCCAGCGCCACAAGCAGCUGGCCGAGCUAAGGACCAACGAAGACUCCCAGGAGGCACACGUCGAGAAGGUGCGCACGAUUCUCAGUCAAGCGCAUGAGAUGCUCGAAAACCACAGUAUGAAUCAGGAGCAGUACAAGGAUCUUGUGCAAAAGGUGGUGGCUAUCAAUGAGAAUAGCAAGGUGAAGGACCCCCGCCGGCGCGAUGAUGAUCCGGAUCUGGAGCGAAAUGCGGCCAGAGACGCAGUGCUGCGCAAACGAAUUCCUAAACUGAAGGGCAACGAGAAUCACUCCUCAGGAUCGCCCCGCAGCGAUGGCUCGCCCAGAUACGAUGAUCCGCCAGCCAACGCUGCUGAGAAAACUUUGAACAAGCGAGACAAGUCGAAGAGGGAGAACAAGCGCCGAAAGCCCAGCAAAUGGGGUGAGCAGGUGGAUCCAGCUGCGGCCCAAAGAGCUGCCUGGCAGCUGGCCAAUGCCAACAACAAUAACAACAACAACAAUAAGCGCGCUGGAUUCAGAGGCAUGCCAUGGCAACAGCCGCCGGCACUCGUGAUGCCGCAGUCAGCAGUGCCACCGCCUCCACAGCCGCCUUCGAUGAUGGGUCUGCCGCCUGUCCCUCCAGUUACAAUGGCUAAGGCCAUCAAUUCACUGGACAAUCCAAUGGCGGAUGUAGUUCGCAGCAUUACCAUUGACGGCGGUUCCAAGGAGAUUCGCUUCUACAACCAAGUGGCCAUCAUCUUCAUGGACGGCGAUGAGCCGCAUGAAAUUGGCUUUCAGCAUGGCCAGCGUGUGAUCCUCAUCGACAACAAUGAACCACUGCCCCUUUGUUUUAACGACGACUAUAAGCCGUUCCAGCUUGACGGGCAGUUGCAUCGCAUCCGCUUCGGUUUUCCCUCACGGGAACUGUACAUCGACGAUCAUUGGUAUGAGAUCUACUUUGGAGGACCCCCAGUCUCAGUGCCUAUUGGGAAUAAGAUUCAUGUACUAAAGGCGGAGGGUCCUCCCCCAAAUGUGGACAUUGGUCGUGUGCGUCGAGAUCUGGUCGUUGGAAAGAUCAACAUGAUAGUGGAUGCCCAUACAAUUGUGCCUCUCUUCUUGGACGCCAGGCAACAGACUUUCCAACUAGGAGCCGAGCAGCACUCGCUUCAGUUUGUAGACAGCUUCCAUUACGCGCUUUUGGAUGGUCAGCUGCAGAAAAUCGAGUACGGUGGCCUUCCAAAGGGAAUGAAGUUGAACGGUGGUCGCAGCUGCUUCAUAAGAUUCGGCACUCUGCCCAAAGGUGUUGUGGCUGGCAAAACACACGUGGCGGAUAUGGUUUACAUUAAGACCGAAGCUCCUGCCGAGCCACCCCAACCUCCGCCGCUGAUUGUUAAGCAAGCUCCGCCUGUGGAGCAGCCCGCAGUGGUGCCUUCUGCAGCUCCGCCAGUCUCCCUGCCAGCGGCAGCAGCAGCCUUGGGCAGUCUUAACAUCAAUGAGCUGUUCCAGAAGCUCGUUUCCUCGGGAAUAAUUGGUGGAACUGCACCUGUUGCAGCUGCAACAGCCACCCCGGCUUCAUCAGCCCCGAAGGAAGCUAAUCUUCCUCCAGUGUCUUCAGAAGAUGCAGGUCCGACGGCUACGCCAGUUCCUACGCCAGCUGCUCCGCCCUCGGAACCCAUUAAACGCAUUAACCUCCACAAGCCCGAGACUAUUAAGACUCGUCAGUCUGCGGUGAUCGCUACUCUUUAUCUUGGCAUGCAAUGCAGUAGCUGUGGAGUGCGGUUUCCGCCUGAACAGACGAUUAAAUACAGCCAACAUCUGGAUUGGCACUUCCGGCAGAACCGCAGGGAACGUGACUCUACCCGAAAAGCCACCUCGAGGAAGUGGUACUACGAUCUCAACGAUUGGAGGCAGUACGAGGAAAUUGAGGAUGUCGAGGAGCGUGAGAAGAACUUCCUGGAGGCGCAAGGUCAACCCGGGGGACCAGAUGCGAUUGAUGAACUCUCCCAGCAGCGAUCGCUGGACUCGCCGAUGCCAACGUGUGCCGCCGGAGCUGACGAUGUGGACCGCAGUUGCGACAUGUGCCACGAGAAGUUCGAGCAGUUCUACAACGAAGAGCUGGAGGAGUGGCAUCUCCGCAGCGCCAUCCGGGUAGAGGAUAAGAUCUAUCACCCACUGUGUUAUGAAGACUACAAGGCCUCUUUGAAUCCUCCGGCUGUGGAAAAAAUAAACGGAGAUGUUAACAUGAACAACAGUGACGACAAUGCCAUGGAUACGCUUAUCAAGGUGGAAGAAAUCGAUGACGAUGAUGAUGAGCCUGCCAAACCAUCCCAAACCAUGUUUGAUGAUGAUGAUGAUGAUGUCAUUGUUCUGCCAAACGAAGAACCCAGCGUUACCGAAAUCGUCGACGAUGAUGAUGACGAGUACAUCCCCGGCAACGUGACAAGAGCGGAAAUGGGAAAUGAGUCCCAGGACAAGACCGAGUCCACUUCGGCGGGCAAAGAAACGGAGAAGCAGCCAGACGACUCUGAAAAGCACUCACAGAGUGAGUCCGAUGUAGCCAACGAGUCAGAUGUAGAGAUCCAGGAGCCAAACAUUCCCUUCACCGAUUUGGACACGUACGUGGAGAAGGAGAUCGACGACGAGACCAGGGCGGCGAUGCUCAACGUAAAGAUUAAGGAGGAGCCCAAGGACGAUUACGAGGAUGACGAGGACGACGGUUUUGAGGAUGUCGGCACUGUGGUUCCACUUUUGCCUCUUCCCGAGGACGAGAUCUCCAUACACAGCAGCGAAACACAAACGCAGACCAUCGCCUCGUCGGCCUCGCCGACCACCAUUGAGAGACCGGCAUCUGUGCUAUCCCUGUCAUUACCCGCCAACGAAGCGGACGACCUGGAGCCGGCAGAGACGGGUGGCUCUGUCGCUGAGCCAGAACUGAACGGAGAGCAGGCGCAGGAGACUACCCACAACCUGAGCGCAGCGGGUCCGGCGUUACCUUUGGCUAGCAUAGUUAAUAAAAUAAAGAUAAAUAUCACUAAGAAUACAAGUAGUAAUAGUAAUAAUAGUGCCUCCAACGCCACCGCCAUGCCAUCUUCAUCGUCGGCGACGACGGACUCGCAAGUAUCAGCCAUCAGUGUCAUCGGAGGAGCUGGAGCUGCAUCAGGUGUAUCCGGAUCCGGAGAAGCCACGCAGCAGGUGAACGCCAUUCAAACGAUUUCCACCAUUCCAGUGCUGUGCGGCGGAAAUACGUUCGUGCCGAAGAUUGCUACCAGCACUCCUUCCAGCGUCAUAAGCUCGAUCUCUGUGAUUGGAAGUAGUUACGGCAGUGGCAGCAGCAGUAACAACGGAAGCAACAGUCGGUCAAGCAGUUCCGUGCCUUCAACGGUUGCCGGGACAAUUCCUGCGGAAGCGGAGAAGUCGGCGGCCACACCUCCACCGGCUGCCGUGGAGCCAGAUCCCGAGCCGGUGGUAGAACUGAAACCGGCGCUUCGGAACGUGACCCUCAAGCGUACGAAAAAGGUUCAGAACGGCAUUGAGACCUCCGGCCUGUGUUCGAUUAUGUAAAUCGAUCGAUCGGCGCACUGAUAUUCCUAUUUUAUUAUUAAUUCGAUUAUUUUUACACGUUACUUAGUUUUAGAUAGCCGGCGCGAUUAUCUCUCGUGCUUUGUAGGUACCCAAAGUAGCUCCACAUUUAGGGAGCUUCGUGCAAAUACGCCUCAACAUAACUUAUUAUCGAAAAAACUCGCAAAACUUAAUAAAAAACCCACUUAAAAAAAAAACAAAGUAUACAUAAUUUGUGAUAAUUUUAUAACACUAGAAAACAAAUCGGAAUUCCCUUGUGUAAUUAUGUUUAUUUUUUUAUGCUGAUUUGAAAUAAAGCCAAAAUGAAUAUCACAAAAA